AGCUGACUCUUGGUUGCAGAUGACCAGCACAAGCUCGACUUUGUCGUCUUGCUUCGACAGCAGAUAUGAGAAUCUGUUGGAGGAAGCUCAGCGUCUUGCACAGACCCACGUUCUCGCCGUGGAGACGGCCUCGGCAUCGACUCCAUCGUCUCCAGUUUGCGACCCACCAAUUCCCAACCGGAGAUCGCGACAAGCUCGCGGCUUUGCCUCGGCGAGGGAAGGCAAUGCUUCUCCUCGCACCCCGGAUUUGUUCGCACUGAACAAGCAGAUCUCGCAUCUCGUCAGAGCGGGCCGUCUCGGCGAAGCCAGAGCGGUUUUCGACAGUGCCGAGUGCCGGAACACCGUGACGUGGAACGCCAUGAUCACGGGCUACGUGAAGAGUGGGGAGAUGACGAAGGCGCGGGGGCUGUUCGACGGAAUGCCCGAGAGAGACGUCACGUCGUGGAAUUUGAUGGUUUCGGGUUACGUCUCGUGUCGCGGGACUGGGUUCAUUGAGGAAGGGAGAAAGCUGUUUGAGCAAAUGCCCGAGAGAGAUUGCAUUUCGUGGAACACGAUGAUUAGUGGGUACGCGAAGGCUGGGAGGAUGGAUGAGGCGUUGUGGCUAUUUAACUGUAUGCCUGAGAGAAAUGUUAUUUCUUGGAAUGCGAUGGUAACUGGGUUUCUGAGGAACGGUAAUGUGGAACGUGCAGUUGAGUUUUUCAAGGAGAUGCCUGAGCGGGAUUCAGCUUCUCUAAGUGGCCUUGUGGCGGGUCUUAUUCAUAUUGAUAAACUAGAUGAAGCUGCUAGCAUAUUUCUUGAACUAGGGAAUCCGUAUGGUGGGGAAGAUAUAGUCAAUGCUUAUAACACGCUGAUUGCUGGGUUCGGCCAAAGAGGACGCAUUGAAGAUGCUCGUUAUCUUUUUGACCUGAUCCCAUUUAGUAAUGAUGGAAGGAAGGGUGGUGCUGGGGAGUUUGUGAGAAAUGUGGUAUCAUGGAAUACCAUGAUCAUGUCCUACGUUAAAGUAGGAAAUACUAUUGCUGCUAGGGAACUCUUUGAUCAAAUGAAAGAACGUGAUACGUUUUCUUGGAAUACCAUGAUUAGUGGUUACGUACACAUGUCUAACAUGGAAGAGGCGUCCAAACUUUUUCAAGAUAUGCCUACCCGUGAUACUUUUACAUGGAAUACGAUGAUCUCAGGAUACGCCGAAACUGGAAACCUUGAACUUGCGAGGGAUUUAUUUGAGAAGAUGCCUCAAAAGAACUUGGUCACUUGGAAUUCUGUGAUAGCAGGAUAUGAGAAAAAUGAGGAAUAUAAAGGAGCGCUUGGACUCUUCAUUCAGAUGCUGACCAAUGGGGAGAAACCAGAUCGACAUACUUUAUCUUCCAUUCUAGCCGUAGCCACUGGUCUUGUUGAUCUUUCCCUAGGUUUGCAGAUCCACCAGCUGCUCACCAAAAUAGCUAACCCAGAUGUGCCUCUAAACAAUUCCCUCAUCACUAUGUACUCAAGAUGUGGGGCAAUUGCCGAGGCUCAGACUAUCUUUGACGAGGUGAAGUUACGGAAGAAUGUGAUCACUUGGAAUGCGAUGAUUGGAGGAUACGCAUCUCAUGGGUUUGCUGCAGAGGCUCUUGAACUUUUUAAGUUGAUGAAGAGAUUUGAAGUUAGGCCUACUUAUAUAACCUUUAUUUCUGUUAUGAGUGCUUGUGCUCAUGUUGGGUUAGUAGAAGAAGGCCGGAGGCAUUUUCUGUCGAUGGUUACGGAAUAUGGUAUAGCACCAAUGGUUGAACACUUUGCAUCACUUGUGGACAUAUUGGGCCGGCAUGGGCUGCUUAGCGAGGCCUUCAAUAUAAUAAAGGGCAUGCCAAUGAAGCCAGAUAAGGCUGUUUGGGGUGCUUUACUUGGUGCUUGUAGGGUGCAUGACAAUGUAGAGUUGGCUCAAGUCGCAGCUGAAGCAUUGAUGCUACUUGAGCCAGAAAGCUCAGCACCAUACAUCUUGCUAUACAACAUGUAUGCAGAUGCCGGACGCUGGGAUGAUGCAAACAAAGUGCGAAUGAUAAUGGAGAGCAAUGCUAUUAAGAAGCAUAAGGGGUAUAGUCGAGUGGAAUCCCCGCAAUAGCUGUUGUUUUGUAUACUGACCUUCGGUUUACUCCCUGCAUCGACCUUCUUUUGCUUAUGAAGUCAGGAGGAGUUAGAUAGCUAAUAGAUCUACUUGUCCUAUACAACAGGGUGAAAGAAACUAGAAAACUGGAGGAUAGACCUCUCAUCUAGUUGAUUUAAUUGUGAUCCUGUAGAGAGGAUGAUGACUCUCGUUUGCAUGGUGAAGCAUUUGCUAACAUCCCAAAAGAAUGAGGGAAUAAAAGUUUGGAAAGUGAGAACUAGAUUUAGAGGAGUCACUUUCAACAGAUUUUUCUAUUGCCCAGAUCUUGCGAUUCUCGGCUCUGUCAUAGUAAGAUGGGGAAAACUCUAUAGGUAGCUAUAAUACCUAAGUUUCUGGCCUAUUACAAAUGAAACUCGAUGACUCCAACAAUUUAUCCGUAUGAUCGAAUAGGAGCAGAAUUCAAUCUAGACUUUUAAUUGGCAUGCUCAACUUUCCUAUGAAGCAUACAUGCUAAUGCAUUACCGCUUCGUCAAAUUGAACGCAUGAAGAGCAAUGACAUGUUCUGCGUGGGAUGUUUACCUGCAUGGUCCAUGUACGUUGGCCAACAUGGCCUUUACUCAAGAUCCAUUGACAAGAGGAGAUGAUACAUGCUGGUGCCAGGAAAAGCCUUGGUAUUCUGCAACUAGAUAGCUUGGCAAGCGCACAGAUAUUUAACGCUUUAACAGCAACUUCAGUGAAGAAAGGAGGAAGAGGAAGAACAAGAAAAAGGGUCUCUAUUUAUUUCCAUAAAUUCCAAAUGAAAUUUGAUGAAUCAACAGUAAUGGCAAUGGUCACUGGUAGGUUGACGGGUGACAAUGAGUCGCUAAUUACUACCAUCGAUUGAAACAGCAAUGACGAGUGACUGACUACUGAUUGUAGCAAUCACAGACACCCGGGGCAACCAGUGACUAAUGAUGGGUGAUGACAGUUACUGGGGACCAGAGGCGUUGGCGGCUAGCAAUUGGCAGCAUUGAUUGGUGGCUUGCCAACCCGGACAACCAGUCAGUAAUGGGGUGGUUGAUGGAAGGUUUUGAGAUGGAAUGAUAAGUUCGGCGAGGUUCAAGAAAGGACUUUUGCUUUUCAAAUGGGACUUUGUUGUGGUUGAUCAAGAUGCUGAUAAUCAAGGUGCUAGCAUUGUCAUUCCACGAGGGCACCUAUUUCUUCAGGAUUCAGUAAUCAUUGUUUAACCAAUAUGUGAUUGUGACGUUAUCGGGUUGAACUUCCAUGGAAAUACUGAGGACAGAGGGAGGGGAGGAUAUAAUUGUAGCUAAGCUUCAAAAAUUGGAGGACGCAAGCGGAACCGUUCUGUCAAAUCUU